AUGUCGGACGCAGACGGCGCCUCGCCCAACGAGCAGCUGCUCCACGCCUGCACGACGGAUGCCGUCGCGCUGUUCGAGGCGUGCAUCUCGCUGCCCGGCCUCGACGUCAAUUGCCGCAACGGCCUCGGCCUGACGCCGCUGCAUCUGGCGAUCCAGAACGCAAGCACGCAGGUGCUCGAGGUGCUGCUCGAGGAGGAGGUGGACGUCGACAUUAAGACGCGCCAGGGUGAUACGCCGCUCCACCUGGCGGUGCGCGUCGAGGAGGAGGAGGUCAGGGAAUGGAUCGUGCAACAGCUGCUCGAGGCGGGCGCCGACCCGCGCGAGCGCAACAAGAACAAGGACCGGCCGCAAGAGGUCAUCGUCAACGCCGGCAGUGAGGCGGGGCAGCGGCUGCGCUCGAUGCUGCGCGAGGCCGAGGGACGCAUCGCGCUCGGUGGGGCAGAUGUUGCUGAUGACAGCGAUGAUGAAUAGAUGGCACGACUUCGAAGCAUGGCAGAUACAGCGUGUGGAUAGUGCAUGGCGCAAGGCGCUCCGGGAGGGAUGAUUGAUGAGUAAGGGUAUGGAGAAUGCGUCGGGGAAGGAGGCGAGCGUGGAAU